AUGGGUGCUAGUGACUCGAAGCUCGUCUUCAAAAAGGGCAUCUUCCGGCUGUCGGAAGAGCGAAACAUCCCUGCCGACGACCCAUACUGGACAUCGUUCUGGGACCUGCCCGAAUCGCCAGAGGACAUCUUCAGCCUCUUCUCACCGGCCGACAUUCGACGGACGCGCGACACGGCCCUGGAGAACUUGGAGACGCUACUGCUGGCGGUGACAUCACGGCUCUUCAGUCUGCGCCACCACGCCGCCUUUCCCGACCCAGAUGUAGCCCCAGAGCGGGAUGCGCUCAACUGCAUCCGCGUGCUGACCCGCGUGCUGCCGUACAUCUACGAGCGCGCGUCGCUGAGCGGCUGGGAGGAGCGCUUCUUCUGGACGGCCCGACGACGACGGACGCACCGGCCGUCAGGCAGUAGCAGUGUGGCUGCCGACCGUGAGGUGCUCUUUGACCAGACCAACGUCGACGAUGGCCCGAAAAACGAGGCCGCGUUUGAAGACGUCAAGCCGCUGGCCGAAGAGCUCAUCGACACGCUGACAGACCUGCUCUUCUUCGCCGACUUCACCGUGACCCGGCCGCCGGCCGCCGUCGACCCCGGCAAGGUCACGUAUGCCAUCUGGCAGAGUGGCGUCGGCUGCAACGCGGCCAUGCCGACGACGCGCGAGUUUGAGAGCAACCGCUGCGAGAUCUUGCGCCUGCUAUUGACUCUCGCCAGCCCCAGCAUGUACUCACCUCCCGGUGCUCUGCCGCGCCAAGGCAUUCGCGCCCUCACCUACAUCUGUACCUGUCCGGACAAGCAGGUCGUGCUGUCGGUCCUCUGUUCGCUGCUGAACACGACGCUCAAGUACAAUCCCGCCAGCUGGCGCAUGCCCUACAACAGCCUCGUGCUCAAGGACCAGAAACAAAUCCUCGUCACCUACACGCUGCAGCUCCUGCUCGUGCUCGUCCUCUACCCUGUGCCCGAGCACGACGGCUUCGCGCCCAAGAACUACUAUCGCCACUUCCUCGGGCGCCUGCACCGUCCCGCCGACUUUCAGUUCCUCGUCGAUGGCAUGACCCGUAUCCUCCAUCAGCCGCUCCAGGCCAACGCUUCCUACAUUCCCGGCACUCAGUCGUCCGUCCGGUUCGCGCCUGAGAUCAUCAUGCUCUUUUGGGAAAUCACCCAGUGCAACCGGCGCUUCCGCUCCUUCCUCAUCGACACCGAGAGGGUCCACGACUUUGUCAUCCUCAUCCUCUUCUACGCCCUCGAGUCCAGGAACGACGGCAGCAAGCAGGGCAUCGUCCGCAUGUGCGUCUUUCUGCUGCAGACGCUGAGCGUCGAGAAGAACUUUGGCAUCAAUCUGAACAGGCCCUUUGCCGCCCAGGAAACCCUGCCACCGGCCAUCCGCAUCCAGGGCUUCCGCGGCACCUACGCCGACUUUCUCGUCCAGUCCAUCUACAGCCUCAUCACCAGCAGCCAGAGCAGGCUGACGGCCAUCUAUCCCGCCCUCCUGGCCAUCAUCAACAACGUCGCCCCACAUAUCGCCGGUCUCAGCCUGCGGACAUGUUCGCGCUUGAUGCAGCUCUUCGGCUCCAUGUCGUCUCCUUCCUUCCUUCUCGCCAACGAUACGAACCACGACCUCCUCUCAUCCCUCCUCGAGGCGUUCAACGCCACCAUCGAGCACCAAUACAAGAGUGAGUACCGCAUUCCGUCGUGUCCCGUUGCAACAGGUCAGCCUUUUAACGAACUCGCAGAGAACCCACAGCUAGUAUACACAAUCGUCAAAAACAAGAGGCGGUUCGAGGCGCUGCGCAACUUCACGCUGGAAAGCGGCCGUGAAGAGAUUGAGCGCCGCAUGCAGCUCCGCAAGGACUCGGGCGUAUCGGCCGAAGACCCGAUGGAGAUGGCUUCGAUCCGGAGUUCAGUGGAGAGCCUGCGCAGCCCCAGCACGCCGCAACAUCACGUCCAGCCGCCGGUGCUGAGCAAUGUGCCAGAGAACGAGACGUUUGCGAUUGGAGGCGAUGAGAGCGACAGCGACGCAGAAGCCGACAGCGAUUCCGAGACGCGCACUGCUGGUGCCGGUGCCGCCAACGACGACGACGACAAUGAGGAGGAUGAAGACGAAGACGAAGACGAAGACGAAGAGAAUGAGCCACGACCAACGCCAUCGCAGUCCAGCCUCAGCGAGAACCCGAGCGGUGCAUCGUCGGUGAUCUCAGUCGAGGACGCGGUGCCGAUACAGCUACGGGGCAUGUCGGAGAAGGCCCGCGGCAAGAUGCCAGUCGGCACGCCCAGCUUCUCGCGGCAGAACAGCGCGCUGAGCAUCGGGAGCACGUCCACGGGCGUCAUCGCGAGUGGAGGCCACAGAGGCCACCAUCGCUACAGCCUCAGCCACGGCCACGGCCACGGCCACGGCCAUAGCCAGAGCGUUGGCAGCAUUGGUAGCGUGGGCUGUGGUGGGGGAUACUUUGAGCCGACAGCGCAGUGGAUCGACAGCUGGCUGCCAGAGCUGCCACUGCACACAACGCUGACGCUGAUCCAACAGCUGACGGCGCUGCUGCCGCGCGAGGAGCUGGCGGUCGACGUGCCGGCGACCGAGACGCUGCGGCGGAUUCAGGACGUGCAGCUAGUGGGCAUCGAUCCAUCACCGAUUCGGGUGCACUCGUUUGAAUGGUCGCCGCUGUCGCUGGGCUGGUACGAGUCGUUGAUCUGGAGCUUUAUCUUUAGUAGCGAGAUGCAGGUGGCCCGGGGCACCGUCGGCGUCUGGAACGGCACCGCCAUCAAGCUUUUUCGCGUCCAGGAGACCGCGCCGCAAGGCCCGUCACUGACGUCGCCGCGCGGUGCCGUCGAUGCCGUGGGUAGCAACAUUGUGUCGCGCAUCGGGGCUAUCAACCUGCGCGGGAGCGGAGGCGGCAUCACGGGAACGGCCGGCGGGAACAGCGCGUCCUGA